AUAUUAUGCAUAAUACAAAUUAUCCGUUCAUGUCCUCGAAGGGGUAGGCAGAAUUUUAAAUGAUAAUUAAUUCAGUCAUACAUUCUGCGUCCUUGUAAUUAAGAGAGGAACUUUAAGAUUAUACGCAAAUUGAGUACUGCUGUUUUAAUUCUUUAUACAUUAUUAGCUGGCACUUUUAUUACUUUUAUCAACAAUUUACAGUAGUCAAAUUAUAGUUCAACAUAAAAGAAAGACUAAAAGCGUUUGAAAUCAGUUGGAAGUGGUAAACAAUGAUUUUCAGAGAUAAAAAUGGACCUGAGAGUGGAAGUCAAGAUCUCCUGGUGCAGUCUUAAAUUCUACCACCUAAUGCGACAGUACCUGUUCAGUCAAAGAAGCCAAGACCUCCUGGUCAAUAAUGAAGGAUCCCGAAGGAAAUGCGAAGCAGACUAUCCUGGUCUCCCAUCACGAGGACUACACAGUGGGCCAGACGACGGGCGGGCUCAGCGUACUCUUCACUAUCCUGUGCAUAGUCGACUUUUUAGGAGUGUUUCCAGUAAUCACUCUCCCGAAGAGUGUUAUUACUUGCGGUAUCUAUGGCAUCCCGUUGGUGUUGUCAGUGAUGGGCCUCCAGUUGUACACAGCUGCACUACUCGGUCGCAGCUGGCUUCUAGCACAGGAUCUGACGCCUCUUAUCACUGAAAAGAUUCGGUCUCCGUACGCUGCGAUUGCAGAGCUAGCUUUCGGCCCACCAGCACGAAGAUUAGUGACCUUUCUCAUUGAUGCCACCGUGUUUGGAUCAGGAGUGCCCAACAUUAUUCUCGCUGCCCAGAGUAUGCAGUUAUUCUGGUGGAAGAUCACGGGUGGUAAUGUAGGCAUCACUUACUGCGUUUGGAUGUUACUGCUCGGGGUGAUCUUGUGCCCUGUCAUGUGGUUGGGCUCCCCUAAGGAUAUGAAACCACUCGCUCUAACGUCAGUGUUUAUCGUGAGUACGAUAGCCAUUUGCACGUGGACGUGCAUCAUCAUGGACAACGUGACGCCGCUCAGCGUCACCAACCUGAUGAACUACAGGCCGCAGUCCGGAGACUUCCUGAUGGCGUACGGGAUUCUCGCAUUCCAGUUCGACAUCCACCCGAUGUUGCUGACGAUCCAAGUAGAUAUGCGUGACAGCAGGAAGAUCAAUACAGCAGUGCUGGGCGGGUUCGCAGUCACUGGCUUCAUGUUCACCGUCACUACGCUGUUGGUGGCCACCAGAUACGGGAUUAAUAUUGAUAACAAUAUACUGCAAACAAUCCCGCCGUCAAUUCCAUUGUAUGUGAUAGCAUUAUUGGUCACUCUUCAACUAAGCUUGUCGAGUGCCGUCGGAAACUCGGCCUUAUUUCAACACAUUGAGGAUUUACUCAAAAUACCGCGGAAUUUCUGCAUACAACGCUGCCUAAUUCGUUCCAGUAUAAUCGCACUGGCUGUAUUUCUAGGCGAAUCAGUACCUCGUUUCGACUUAGUGAUGGGUCUAGUAGGCUCCACACUCACAGGCCCUCUAAUGUUCAUAUUCCCUCCUCUAAUUUUCCUCAGACUUUGCUAUAUAAAAUCUGUAAAAGACGCCAACGUCGACCUAAGCAAUCGACUAAAGAACGGCGUGAAACCGAACGGAAUUGCUAAUGGCGUACAAAAUGGCCGACAAAGAUGGCCGCUCAUAAAAGAAUCUUUGGAAACUAAAUACAACACGUUUACAAGUACAUACGUAGAGAUACAUCCACGGAAAUACGAUGGGUAUUCUAUAAAAUGGUAUGACGUGUUGCUGGCUUUAAUUGUUAUGUCGAUGGGUAUUGGCGCGACGAUUGUGGCGACGUAUUCCAGUUGGUCGGAUACGAUCGCGUACGCGGAGUUCUCGCCGCCAUGUUUAAUUAACGCAACUAUCGCGGCGAGAAGUUUUCUGAGAAUUUCCUCGUCUGUAUUGUGAUAUAAUUAGAUAAAAUAAACAAACAACUUAUGAUAUAUAGAGUACAAUUGCUAAACUUAUUAGUAUAUUAUUUUUAUUCUAAAAAAAGAGAAGCUGAUGGUAAAAUAUAUAAGUAACCAUUUCAUGAAAUUGUCGUGUUAAAAAAAAAUUACACGUAGCGGUAUGAUCACCUUUUAUGUUGUUAAUUAGUAUUAGAAUAGACCCUAAAUAAAUAUAAGUCUAUUUUAACAAACCCCUAUAAAGGGCGAAUUAUUCAAUCUUCAAAUAAAAUUAUUUUGGUUAAUAAACUAUGACCUGACUAAAUAUAAAAGUUACAGACCGACAUAUUUACACAUGGUCCUGUCAUUCUUAAUUCGUUUGUAUUUUACGCCUACAACUAAAUUAUAUCUGAAGAUUGAAAAAUAAACCCUAUUUCCUAUAAAUAACGUACCACAAUUCUAGUGUAAAUAAAACAACAUAAUAAUAAA